AAAGUUACUUUAGAUAGACUAGACUACUAGUAUAUCGUAAAUUCGUAAUUCCAGUAAUAAAUACUAUAUAUAUAUAUUUUGUUAGAUUUUGUGUCCGAGAGUUCAGCGAAAUGGAGAAUAAAAUGGAGGGUGAUUCGGACACCGAGCUGCUUGAUCCGUUCAAGCACAGCAUGGCUGAGGUCAGCUCCCGGGUCGAUGCCUACAAGAGACGCCUGGAGGAGAAGGAUAUGCAACUCAAGAUGGCAAGCCUCAGUCUGCAGUCGAGUUUCUGCGCGCUGAGCUUCGACUUGAUUGGUAUUCGACAGGAUAUAGAAAAGUUGGAGCGACAGAAGGAGCAGCACCAGCAGCUGCAACGGGAGCUCAUGGCGCGCCUGGAGCCCGAUACCAUUGAAGUGUCUACUGCAGAGAAUGGCUCUCCGAAGGUGGAGAUAAAUAACUGCAACGCGCCGGAAUGCAAAGACGAAAUGGUUUUCAUUCGAUUCGGCCCAAGUAAGUGCCCAUAUCAGAACUGUCGGCGCCAAAUGGACAGCCAGUUGCUUCUGCUGCACUAUCUCUUCGACCACGAGCAGGAGAAUUCUGGCGUCCAGCAGUGCCACCGGCUGAUGGAGGGCCAACGCACGGUGUUGUCCUUUCAGGCCAUGAACUAUCCCUUUGGGGUGAACCAGGUGCUGGGGCUGCUUGCCUACUGCGGCACGGUGGAACAGCAGUUUGUUCAACAGAAGAGCCCAAUGCGCCGGAAGGUCUACAACAGCUUCCUGCCGCAGCAGCACGUGCACAUGGAGAGCGACAUACCCGUUGUUGUUUUAAUGUGCAGGACGAAGCCCAGUGCUAUGCUCUCGGAAAAGUUGCAGGCGCGCCAAAGCCACCUGCUGGACCAAUACACGGAUCACAUUUUCGUGAUCUGGCUGGUCACGCCCAACAUCAGGCGUAAACUGAAUGCCACACUUUAUUUAUGCGGCCGCGAUGCCGCUGUCAUGGGAUGUAGUGUGGUGCGUGUGCGGGAAGUCAACCGGAGCCAGGAAACGCACCGCUUCAUGCCCGUGGAUUCUAACUACUGGCGACUGACUUAUGCCGAGAUGCAGAAGCUCUCAAACGGCUUCCGCGACGAGCUACACCUGGAAAUCGGCCUCACAGAGGUACCGCCCACGUAACUUCCGUUAAAUUGACAUUCACCGACUGCCCGCCCCUCCGUUCGACCCUUCGCGU